AUGAACAAUCUUUUACAAACUAAAAGAAUAAUAGCUGAACGUAAUAGAGAAUUACAAGAUAUUCAGAAUGCUUUAAAAAAUACAAAAUCCCUAAAUAGAAUAUUACAAGAGGAUUUUGCUAGAAUAACAGAAAAGCUUCAAUUACUUUCUAGUAGCUCCUCUAGUGAGAGAGUUUCUAUUAGAACAUUAUAA